AUGUUUUACGACUUACUUCGUCGAUUGUCAACAGAAUGCCAAAAUCAAGACAAAGGUGUCUACUGUCUUUGGUAUACAGUAUGGCCAAUAAUUUUUUUGUGUUCAGCUAAAGGACUUGAAACAUUUAUCAAUAAUAGUAAACAACUUGUCAAGUCAUUCGAUUAUAUUCUUCUCGAACCUUGGCUUAAAACUGGUUUGCUUACUAGUAAAAACGAGAAAUGGCGUAGUCGUCGUCGUAUUAUUACUCCUUCAUUUCAUGAUACUCAAUUAUUAAAUAAUUACAUGAUCAUAUUCAAUGAACAAGCAUGUAUUCUUGCUCGUCGUUUUGAUGACUGUGCAACACAACCAAAUAAAACACAUGAUCCUUAUCCAUAUAUCUCUGCUUGUACACUUGACAUUAUUGUUGAAGCAGCAACAGGCACAAAUCCAAAAGCUCAAUCAGGUGAUGAAAAAAAUGAAUUUGUUGAAGCAACUGUUCGAAUUACUGAGAUAUUAAGCCUACGUUCGCGAUCUCCAUGGAUGUGGCCUCCAUUUAUCUUUGAUCGAUUAGUAAUUGGACGUGAACAGAAGAAGGUACUCAAAGUUCUUCAUGGAUUUUCUCGAAAAGUUAUUGAAGAACGUCUUACUACAUUCAAUGCGGAACAAGUAAAAAAUGGUGAUGACAAGAAAAAGAGUACACGUCGUCUUGUAUUUCUCGAUAGUCUUCUUACUCAAAUGCAUGCUGAACAACUUUCAUUAGAUGAUAUUCAAGAAGAAGUUGAUACAUUUAUGUUUGAAGGUCAUGAUACAACUGCAGCUGCUCUAAAUUUCUUUUGUUAUUUAAUGGGAUGUUAUCCAGAUGUUCAAGCAAAAGUACAUGCAGAAAUGGAUUCUAUUUUUGGAGAUGAUCGAGAAAGACCAUGUACAAUGGACGAUAUUCAACAAAUGACUUAUCUUGAUUGUGUGAUAAAAGAAUCUAUGCGAAUUCUUCCACCAGUUCCAAUUAUUGGUCGAGAAGCACAAGAAGAUUUUGUAUAUUGUGGUCAGACUAUUCGUAAAGGUACGCAUUUAAAUAUAUUUAUACAUGGCAUUCAUUUUGAUGCAAACAUCUUUCCUAAUCCGAAUAAAUUCGAUCCAGAACGAUUUGCUGAAAGCUCUUUAAUAUCUAAAGAACGCUCACCAUUUGCUUUUAUUCCAUUUUCAGCUGGAUCUCGAAAUUGUAUUGGGCAACGUUUUGCUGGACUUGAAGAAAGAGUUGUGUUGUCAACACUAUUUCGACGUUUUAUAUUUCGUUCUACUCAAGCCAUAGAGGAUAUACAUCUAACUAUAAAAGGUCUCCUCCGAACUGAAGUUCCUAUCCAAAUGUCUACACACGUUUUACACAAUAAACAGGAAUGGCUGAACGAUCAAAGAAACAUCCAGCAUGCCAAUAUCAAACAGGAGUCUCUUAGACAAAUAUAUGUCUUUAGAUAA